GACUUUGAAACUUCUUAGUCCAAGAAAAGAUCAAUCUCAUUAUUAAGUUCCAUCUUGCACCUGCUCAAUAGUGCAUAGAAACCAUGGUUGAUGUCAAACUACUAGGAUUUUCGUUUAGCCCUUUUGCACAUAGAGUGAUAUGGGCUCUAAAGUUCAAGGGCAUUACCUAUGAGUACAUAGAAGAAGACAGUAAGAACAAAAGUCAGCUACUUUUGCAAUCCAAUCCAGUUUACAAGAAAGUCCCUGUUCUUAUUCAUGGAGGCAAAGCCAUUGCUGAGUCUAGUGUGAUUCUUGAAUACAUCGAAGAAACUUGGCCUGAGAACCCAUUGCUUCCAAAAGAUAACCAUGAGAGAGCCUUAGCUCGAUUUUGGAUUAAGUUUGGAGAGGAUUCGAUCGUUUCUACACUGUUUCUCCGACCCACUGAAGAUGAACAAGAGAGAGCAAGAGCAAUGAAAAAAGCACAAGAAACUCUCACAAUCAUGGAAGAGGAAGGUUUAGGGCACAAGAAGUUCUUUGGAGGCAACAAUAUUGGAAUGGUGGAUAUAGUAUAUGGUUGCCUUGGUCAUUGGUUAGAAGGUUGGGAGGAAAUUGUGGGGAUGAAAACGAUUGAGGCAAGCAAAUUUCCUGGGUUGCAUGCGUGGAUUCAAAAUUUCAAACAAGUUCCUGUGAUUAAAGAAAACCUUCCUGAUUAUGGGAAAUUGUUGCUACAUCUUGAAAGGCGCAGGCAAGAAUUUAUUAUAUAGUGUCAGAAUAAAUAAGUCAAGUCACGGAGUGACCAAGGAGAAUGAAGUUAGAAGGUCAGGUUUUUAGAUUAAGAUAAAAUAAGGAGAGCAUUUCUUUCUGAUUCCUCAUGGGCUGAACUCAGUUUUAUUCUAUAGUUUUAGGGAAAUAUGUUUCUACUAAGAAAAAUAGAGGGAAAGAAAAAAAUGGAUUUUAUCUGUUUGUUUUGUGUGUAUUGUACGAGAUAAUUUGUAUCAUAUAAUAUAUCAAACAUGUAUCUCAUAGUUUUA